GCUCCAUCUUGUAAACACACCUUUGACACUAAUGGCGAACUGGACGACUCUGAGACCACCUAUUCUUCAACGAAUCGUGAACAUAUACAGUACCGGUAUCAGCUUUAGGAAAGCUAUAAAGGAGAGUGUUUACACUUGCGCGAUUGCCAUCCUCAUAUCUAAAGGAAUACUCCUCUCAACCUCAUCGCCACACGCCAUUUUAUACAGAACAAACAUUGCGCAUAUUGUUAAUUCAGCUCACAGCCAGUACGCUAGACAGGGUGUACCAUCGACUUUUUCUGCUCUGGCUGACAUAUUAGAAACAUUUGGGAGGUGCUUCUGCUUUGACCAAUCCUCUAGCUUGCAGCAGACUGCAGGGACUCGUCGUCCUCGGAGCAGACGAUACCAGUACGGGACCAUCAACAACCUUACACCUACUUUAUACGGCAUAUCUCCACAUGUCAGGCACUUGUCCUACAUAUCAAACAGCUAUCCUCCAAAGAACCAGCGGCCAUUUCCGCUUGGCAUUCUGUUGGACUUCUACCUGCCACAGCUAACAAAACUGUCUCUUCUUCAUGACACACUUCCGAUUUUUGGCCACAACAGCUUUUCACAGCACCUCACGCAUUUGUCUCUUCACAUAGACAGUAAGAGUGCCGAGCGUAUCCCUAGAAUUUUUGCGCCUUCACUAAUAGGCCUGUGGCUAUUUUAUUCUGAUGCUGUACACUCGUGGGAUAUCUUUAGGGACUGCCUACCUGGAUCGGUAGUAUUCGAAAGUCUUUUGACAUUCCGACUAUUCCAUAGGUCCUCUGCUUUCUCAUUGACAAAAAGGAAGGCUACAUAUUUGUCGCCGCUGCUAUUCCCUAAACUAAAGGUCCUGCGUCUGGACCACUACCCAUUCAAUUACUCCAGUUCCCUCGCCUUUUUCAAAGACUCACCACUACAGACUGUCACUAUAGAUGACAAGGUGGAUAGAUUUCGGCCCUUAGCAAUUCUUCCCUUCCAGCACGCCCAAUCGCUAUUUAUCAACAUUUCGAUGGGGCGGAAUACGGCCUAUGACAGCGUAGUCAGUAAACAUUUUUUAGCCUCCAGAACCGAGAUUGCUAUUCAGACAAGUCUCCCGAUGCUGCUUCCUCGCACAAUCCAUUGGACAGGACUGGAAGAGCUCGCUAUUCAAUCCCCCGUAAAUCUUGCUGACCUUGUCACCAUUCUUCCGCAGCUCCCCCACCUACGCUGGCUUCUUGUUGGAGCUAUAUACGGUACUGGAAGUAGCAUAGAGAAUACCGAACCAGCAUAUAUCUGGAGCAGCACGCUGACACAGCUCAUUCUGUUCUCGAGCAUUGUACAAACGGCAAAUAACGCGCUUUCUGAACACAUCUACCACCGAGGAUCCAGCGAGCCUAGGGUUGAAGUGGUUGGAUAUCUCCCGUCCAGGGGGAGAAACUACCUGCUUAGUGGUAUCCCUUACACCGACAGUCCACUUGGUUAAAG